AUGGAAACUAAAAAUCCAGAUGAGAUUUCCAAGAGAUUUUGUUAAAUGCAUGAUAAUUAUGAGAUUAUUGCUGUUGAUUUAAAUAUCUCUUGUAAUAAAAAAUUCCUAUGUGCAAAAUGUCUUCUUGAUAUGAUUGGAACAAAAAGCAUUGUUCUUUAUGAUAAGGCUAUAUAAAUGAUUAAGGACAUGAAGAAUAAAUCAGAUGAACAAAAAUCAGAAUUGAAUAAAAUUAAACUUUAGAAUUUGAAAUAACUCUAAAAUUCAACUGCAUAAUUUGAGGGACUUAUCAAGAAUACAUUAAGUAAAUUAUCGGAUAGUAUUGAACAUUAAAUAAUUGAAAAUUAAAAUGAAUUAGAUACAUCAGAUUCAUAAUUAUAAACUGUAGAUUUAGAAGAAGAUAUUCAAAUUCUAUCAACAAAUUAUAAAGAAAAUGAAGAGUUCAAUAUGCCUGUUUAAAAUAUAGAUAAGAGUAAAUUAUCUUAGUUUUUUGAUUCAAUAAAGGAAUCAUUAAUAUAAUUAUAAAGUUCUUAACAUUUUAAUUAAAUCAAUUAAUUAAUUGAAAAUAUUGAAAAAUAAUUAUCAAUUAAUUAAGAUACAAAAAAUAAAUAAAUUGAAGAAUAUGUAAAUUAAUAUUAUUAUUUAGAAAACACCAUCUUUAAAUUAAUUAUGUUCUAAACAUAACUAUUAAAUUAUAUCUGUUAAUUUAAAUUAAAUAUAAAAUAAUGAAAAUUUGAAUAGAUUGGCUUGUAUUUAAUGUAUUUAGGAGGUUCCUAUUUAAUAUGUUACAUUAAAUGAAACAAGUAAGAGAUGGAAUCAAUUUGUAGAAUAACAAGAUGAAAUGAAAUCAAAAUAUUAAAGAUAAAGAGAAUUUAAAAUAAAAACAGCUAUUAAAUUUAUUUAAUAAUUAAAAUAAUAAUAUUAAUAGAUACUAACUGAUAUUAUAUAAUCUUUAAAUGAUUAACUUAAUUAAGUUAUUGAAGAUUCAUAAUAAAUUAAAUAAAUGGACAUAAGUGUCUUUUUAUAAUUAGAUGAAAAAUCAAUCUAAUAAAUUGUUAAUAUUCUAAGUUUGAAGGAUUAGCAUCAUUCUCUUAAAACUAUAUAAGAAAAUACAGAUAAAGAUUAUACAUAAUUUUAAUAAUAAUUAAUAUCAAAAUUAAAUAAUUUAAUUUAAUAAGAAUUAAUUAUCAAAGAAAAAUUGAUUAAAAUCUCUAAUAAUAAUGAAAGUGGUACUGAAAUUAUAUUAUAUUAAUAGAAUAAUUAGAUGAAUCUGAAUUUGAAGAUAUAAAAGAUAAUCCAAAUAUUACCUAAUUUCUUUAAAAUUGUAGAUUGCAAUCAUAAUAUUUAUAAAUUGUUGAAGAUUCAUUUAAUUUUUAUAAAAAUUUUGAGAUCUAAGUAGGUGAAUUAGAAAAAAAAGGAGAAAUAACAAAAUUGGUUGGUGAAGUGUCUUAAACAAAAUCUGAAUUGUCAUACUUCAUUCAACUUUAUUAUUAAUAAUUUUAAUUCUACUCAAAUAAAAUGAAAACAUUAAUCAAAGCAGAUGAUACUGAAAAGUCUUUAACACAAUUAUAAUAAGAAAAAUUAUUAUUAUAAAAUAAAUUACAAGAAGAAACUUAAGCCAAAGAAUAAAAUUAAUAGGAACUGUAAAGUCUAUAAAACUAAAAUGCUUCUUAAUAAUAACAAUUAACUAUUAAAAUAGAAGAACUAAAUUAAAAAAUUGCAUAAGCUAAAUCAUAAGAAUAAACUUUAUAAUAAUAAUUACAGGAAUAAACUAAUUAAUACAAUGAAUAAAAAAAGUAAAUAGAAAAGUUUGAAAAUCAAACUAAAUACUAAGAACUUCAAACUUAGAUUAAUAAUUUAAAUUAAACAAUAAAAUCUACACAAUUAGAACUCUAAUAGAAGACCUAGUAAAUAGAAUUAAAGGAUAAAGAAUUCAAGAACUUAUAAGAAGCAUUUCCACAAAUAUAAUUAAAUUUGACUUUAGGAAAAAUUACUUUAUUAAAGGAUGAUUAUUAUUCAAAACUACUUAAAACAAUAGAAGAUAAAGCUAAAAAGAAAAUAAAAAAUUAAUAUUUGAUUUAUUGCGGUACUAAAGAUGGAUUAAAAGGGGAAUCCUUUUGGAAAUCUGUAAAUGGAAUGUCAAAUUUACUUAUGGUAUUCAAAUCAAAAAGUGAUCAUAUUUUUGGAGGAUAUUCACCUUGUUAAUGGUAUGUGACUCCCAGUAAUUUUUAUGUAGCUGAUAAUACAUUGUCAUCAUUUUUAUUUUCAUAGACCCAUAAUAAAAUUUAUCCUCUAUAGUCUGGUAAGAUGGCAAAUGCUAUUUAUUGUCAUAAGAGUUACGGUCCUACUUUUGGAGGAGGUCAUGAUUUAUAAGUUUCUUCUGAUUUUAAUGGUGGAUAUUCUAAUCUUGGAAAUACAUAUCAAUGGGAUGAAUAUUAAAAUGCAUAAAGCAAUCACUUGUUUGGUUAAUCAACACCUUAAAUAGUUGAAUGUGAAAUCAUAAUGUUAACAUUUAUGUGA